AUGUCAUUCACUCUUCCUCUUUCCAUUGUGGCUGUUUGCUUCCUGUCUGCUCGCCUCAUGGUGGAUGGGUUUUUAAGUGUUAUUAGGUCCUCGUGCUCAAGAACAAAAGUUAGUAAAUGGGGAUUCUCCAUGUUGAAUGCAUGUCUUUACAUGUCAGCAUCUGCAGGAACAUGCAACGCCUACCUUGAUCAGUUGGAGGCUUUAGGUACUUCUUGCUCCGUCUCGUGGACGGAAUCGCAAAGAAGACGGAGCAUCAGACGACUUUAUUGGGCAGAAGACCCUAAAACUGCCAUCCAACAUUCUUUCUGCUGCUGUCAGAGCUUGGGACACCCACCACCAGUAGGUGCCGUGCCGCCGCUUGGCUUCAAUGGAAGAGCCCAGAGCAUGGGCCCCCUAAGCGCAUCGGCAGGGCCGCCGCUCGCUGUGGCUGUGGCUAUUUUUGACACCUUGAAUGCGUUCUGGGCCCCACCUUCUUCCUCCUUCACCCACUCACCCACAUCACACGCCCUGCAUCUUUUUUUGUGCAGUUGGCAGACGAUCCAAGGAAUGCUAGACUCUUUGGGGGUUAAAAGGGAAUGGAUUGGUGGUCGGUGA